UGAACUUCUGACAGGAUGCGAGAACUGAUCUUUGGUUUAUAGAUCAUCAUAUACCUCACCUGCGUUGUCAUUAGAGAUCAGGGCAUCCUAUGAGCUUGGUCGAAUGCUAGGCGGUGGGGAGGUCAUCGGAGAACUUGAGGUGUCGUGGGAUGAACUUCUCGAUCAUGGAGACGAGCCAUUUGAUUUGUCCUGUCCACACGUGCGCGGUGUCCAACCUUCCAUCACACUGAAGGUUGCUGUUGUACAUGCUUGCGACAAUCAAAACGACACACUGUUUGAUUCCCUCGUAGACGGCAAUAUUUUCCGAGACACAGAUGCGGGCCACGCACAAUUUGCCACAUACGUGACAAGCAAGAAUGACUCUCACCUCCAUGAUGCUGUACAGCAUUUUCAGUCAGUUCUAGACCAAUGUCCGGUCAGCCAUCCAGACCAUGCAACGGCUCUCACAAACCUCGCGUGGGCCCGCCUUCGAGGUUACAUUCUAAAUGAUCUUCAAGACAUUGAUACUACUACUUCUCUCUUCCGCGUCGCCCUUGCAUUACGUCCGCAGCCCCAUCCUGAUCAUCUGUUAUCUCUGUAUAAUCUCACUGAAGCACUGACUUGGCGCCACAACAAAAAAAGUACUGCUGCCGACAUCCGCGAAGCCGCCUACCUCUAUUAUGAGUUACUGCCUCUCUGUCCAGAGGGAACGUACCUUCAUAGCAUUGCGGCAGGAAACAAUGGUGUGGACUAUGUGAUCGGCGGAUGCAACAAUUUUCCAAAAGAUCCAUCUGAUGAAGGCAUCCACCUUCGAAGAGUCAUCCUCGAACUCUGUCCUCUGGGCCAUAAACUCCGUCCCAGAGCCCUCGACAGAUUUGCACAAGCAGUUGAAGCCCGCUAUUAUCAGCAUGGCAGCAUCGAUGAUCUUGAGACGAGUAUACAACAUGGUCGUGAAGCCGUGUCUCUGUGCCUCCAGAGACAUGCUAGCCGUGGUACCUACCUCAACAACUUGGCCCUUUCACUCAUGUCCCGCUUUCACCACCAAGGCAAACUUAAUGACCUCAACGAGGCCAUUUCUUUUUACGAAGAAGCGCUACUCCUGUGCCCUAUUGGGAACGAAUCCCGUGAUAUCUCAUUGAACAACAUAGGGGCCGCCCUCAUCGCCCGCUUUCAUGAACGCGGCGACAUUGAUGACAUCACCCGAGCUAUCAACUUCCAUAGCGAGGCACUGACGUUGUGCCUACCUGGGCAUCCACGUCGUGACACCACUCUCAGCAACCUUGCCCUCGCGCUCAAAACCGGAUAUGUAGAAUCGCAUGUCAGCGAGCAUCUUGACACGGCCAUUGAUUGGUAUCGCGAAGCCCUUCAGUUAAAACGGCUUGACGAUCCAGAGCGCAGUAAAAUUCUUCAUAAUUUGAGCUCGGCACUCUGCAUUCGUUUCACGCAAACUCGGAAGAAUGAAGAUAUCGAGGAGGCCAUCAUUCUUUGCCAGGAAUCAUUGGCGGCUCUGUCUUCACUACACCCGGACAGGUAUUUCAGCUAUGGGCGGCUGCAGGAGGCCUAUUUGUCUCGCUAUGAGAUUCUGCACGACCCUGCUGAUAUGUCGCUCGCAGUGGAGAACUUCCAACUGGCGUCAAGGCACUUUACCCAGGGCUUUCCGAACCGUAUUACAGGAGCAUAUAAUUGGACCGUUGCAGCGGAGCAGCAUGGUCAUGGAUCCGCACUAGAGGCCUACAGCACAUGCUUCGACCUUCUUGACAGUCAUUUUGCAACGCGAUCAUCGACGAUCUCACGACGCGAAGCUUCUGCUGCCUUCUAUGAUAUCAGAUCACUACCUGUAGAUGCAGCAUCAUGUGCCAUCCGCCAUGACAAUAUACGAAAGGCAGUUGAGCUUGCAGAGCAGGGUCGUGGCCAGCAGUGGUCACUGGCAUCUCGACUCAGAACUCCAGUUGAAGACCUCAAGUCAGAAAAUCCGACACUGGCGCACAAUUACUUGGAGCUGAGCAAACUUGUUUCCAAUGCAGCCCAGGGUUCUGUAGCUAUCACCGACAGGGCUGCUGCUGAUCGGGCAGCAACAGAGUAUAGGAGACUUUCAAUGCAAUGGGAAGCUGUUGUAGCUGAAAUACGCGAUCUUCGGGCGUUCUCGCGGUUCCUGCUCCCACCUUUGUAUGAGGACUUGCAAACAGCAGCACGCCAGGGCCCGGUCAUCAUCUUCAUUGCGAGUGAAUACUCAUGCGGCGCCAUCAUCGUCCCGACGUCAGGAGAUCCUCAUCAUGUCCCAUUGUCAUCUGUCUCUCUGGCAGAUCUGACCACACUCAAGGAUCGCUUCGCCAGGGCAAUACGAGAUGCAUCUCAAAUGACCCCAGCAGAGUCGAGGACGGAUCUAAUAGUACUGUUGCGUAUAAUAUGGAACGAGAUCAUGCUACCCAUCGUCAAUGUCCUCCAGCAUGAUCUGAAAUUAAGAUACCACACUCGAAUCUGGCUGUGUCCGACUGCAGCUUUCACGUCUAUUCCGCUUCACGCGGCCCACCCUUUUCGAACGAACCCAGAUCGUUCUAGGGAGCCAUGCCUGGAGGAUCUCUACAUCUGCUCUUACACACCGACACUUUCGGCUCUGGUCAGGUCCAGACAGUUGAUGAAGACGCGUGUGCCUCCGUCCUUCGUGGCGAUCGGACAAGGUCAACCGGGUGCAGGUAAGGGCAAGGCACUCUUGGCUGUCGACAGUGAGCUCGAGCUUGUCCAUAAGCUCAUCCCUGCGACAACCCAACGCACCAUUAUUUCUGGCGACAAAGCUACACGCACAAAUGCACUCGAAGCUUUGCAGCAGAACACUUGGGUGCACCUAGCUUGUCAUGGCAAGCAGGACCCUGCGCAGCCUUAUAAUUCCCAUUUCGUCAUGAAAGACGCAGACUUGACGCUGCUCGAUAUCAUGGAGAGAGACAUCCCACAUGCCGAAUUUGCGUUUUUAUCAGCGUGUCAUACCGCCGUGGGCGAUGAGGAGACGCCCGACGAAGUGAUUCACCUCGCAGCUGGUCUGCAGUUUUCGGGGUUCAAGAGCGUCAUUGGCACAUUGUGGCAGGUGGACGACUCUGUCGCAAAACACAUCGUCAAAGCUUUCUACCAGAGUAUGUUCGAGAGUUUUAAGAAGGAUGGUGGUAUGAUGGACUGUACAAAAGCAGCCUGGGCACUGAACCGUGCUACGCACGCUGUGAAGACGAAGGUGCCGCUCGAGCAGAGGAUGGUCUUCAUUCAUAUCGGUGUAUAGUUUCUACAUCGUAUUGCUGUCGUCUGGUACCUACUAUCUACAAGUUGUUGAUCUGCAAUCUUCUUUCAUCCUGUUGUGCAAAUCAGGCCUGUUAUAUUCCUGCGCUCUAGCUAUAGCCUAUCUCUUUCUUUUGCAUGCUCUGUCUACUGCUAAUGUAAGCAAUGCCAAGGUAGCGGAUCUAUGCGUGUCGGCGCCA